ACUCACUGCAGCACCGUCCCGUCACGGGAUGAAUGAACCAGACGCGUCGCGUCAGAACGAGCCCGCCGCGCGCGCGCUCAUGCACGGGCUCUUCACGGACGCGGAGACCGGACGCGUCACAUACGCGCUGAGUCUGUCGGACAGCUGCCUGACGGUCCAGAGGAUCACCUCUCCCGCUUCAUCAUCCCGGGACACGGAGCGUCUGGAGCUGCGCGACUGCGUGGGGAGCCGCGCGCAACCCGGCGAUAGCGAGGACCACGGCGCGUACCUGUGCGCGUAUUUCUACCCAAACCGGCGCCGGUGGAUGGGCUGGGCUCCGGUCCGGCAGAGAGAGGAGCGGCGCUUUCGCCUCGCGCUCAACGCGAAUGACGAUGAAGACGAGGCGCGCGACGCCAACCUGCGCGAGGUGGAGCGGUGGGCGCGAGCCAUCCGAAACAACAGCGGACACACACACGGCGUGUUGUUCUCGGAGGUGUGUCGUAUACGUGACGUGAUGGUAUUGGUCAAUCCUCAGAGUGGGCGGGGUCAAGCAAUGGCUCUAUACAACGGGCACGUUCAACGCAUGCUCAGCGAGGCAGAUAUACCCCAUAAACUAGUCAUAACAGAGCAUCAGAAUCACGCUCGAGACCUGGUGAGGAGCGCCGACCUGACGCAGUGGAGCGCUGUGGUUAUCCUCUCUGGAGACGGACUGCUCUUUGAGGUGGUGAACGGUCUAAUGGACAGAGAGGAUUGGGAAAAGGCCAUUCAAACUCCAGUGGGAAUUCUGCCUGGAGGUUCAGGGAAUGCGCUGGCAGCGUCUGUACAUCACUACUCACGGGCGCCUCCGGUGUGGGGUGAAGAUCUGUUGCUCAGUUGUGGGUUUUUACUCUGUAAGGGUCUGAUCUCCAAACUGGACCUGGUCUCCAUCCGACUGUCCUCAGGCCUUCGCCUCUUCUCCUUCCUUGCAUUUGCCUGGGGCUUCGUGGCCGAUGUCGACAUCGAGAGUGAGCAGUUCCGACAAAUAGGAGCGUAUCGCUUUUUAUUGAGCACGCUGGUCCGUAUCGCCUCGCUACGGAUCUAUCAGGGCAAACUGGCAUACCUCCCUGCUGAAGAUGAGUCGGAGUCGAAUGCUGCGUCUUUUUCUACCCCCGGUUCCUCAUUGCAAACACAACAGACACUUGAUAAUCAAACGCCUAACAACUGCACUGAGCGUAAUACUGCUGAACAAACCCCGGUGGACUCGGUUGGCCAACUAGUCGACCAUCUUCUCGUACCCCUGGACCAGCCCGUCCCUCAAGAGUGGACGGUUGUUAAAGAGCAAGACUUCGUCCUGGUACUAGCAAUGUUCCAGUCGUACCUGGGCGAGGAUGUGCAGUCAGCGCCAGACGCCCGUGCGGACGACGGAUUGAUCCACCUGUUCUACGUGACGGCUGGUAUCUCUCGCCCAACUCUGCUCAGACUGUUCCGGGCUAUGCAGAGUGGCACACACCUGGACUACGGCUGCCCGCACCUGAUGUACCGGCGGGCAAGAGCUCUGAGACUGGAGCCGUUGACCCGGCUGGGCAUUAUGACGGUGGAUGGAGAGGAGGUGGAAUAUGGGCCCAUACAAGCACAGGUGCACAGAGGAGUGGCCAGACUCAUUGCUGGAUGACCUUUGACCUUAAAGCACAGUGUGCAACUCAACCCCAGUUGAGUAACUGAUUUUAUGUGAUUCUUUAAAAUACUUUUAAAUGAAGCACUAUAGAACAGCACAAUCCGUCAGCCAAAUACACACUGCCCGGUUGCCGUUCAACUUGAAUUCAGUGUGUUUGUUUGUUGAAUUGUACUUGGGUGAAUCUCAUAAAAACAUGUCCAGCACUUUACAAUAAAGUUGUGUUUGUAAACAUUAGUUACAGUGAACGCUAC